UGUGUGUGUGUGUGUGUGUGUGUGUGUAUGUGUGUACACAGACGGGAAUUCUGCGCCAAAGGAAGUGCCCCGGUUCUCCGUCUUCGCGUUCCGACUUCCUGCUCUGAGGCAGGAGAGAGAAAAGCUGCGGAUCCGCUUUCAGACAGCAGUAGGAGCAUGGAGCCCCUACACAACACACACAUACCGCUAUAAUAAGACACAAACGCACACAUUACACACAGGCAGACGGGUAGAGGAGCAGCGGGCGUCCACAGCAGGAUCGCCUGUGUCUCUGGUGUCACCCCGUCAUGGAGAGUUCCAUCACACUCUGGCAGUUCCUGCUGCAGCUGCUGCUCGACAAAAGCCACAAACAUCUCAUCUGUUGGACGUCCAACGACGGCGAGUUCAAGCUGCUUAAAUCAGAAGAAGUUGCCAAGCUGUGGGGGUUGCGCAAGAACAAGACAAACAUGAACUAUGACAAGCUGAGCAGAGCUCUGCGCUACUACUACGACAAAAACAUCAUCAAGAAGGUGAUCGGCCAGAAGUUUGUCUACAAGUUUGUGUCGUCCCCUGAGAUUCUGAUGAUGGACCCUGCGGUGGUGGAGUCAGGCCGCAGCAGUGAGGAAAGUGGGGGUGCAACGUCAGAGCCUGAGGCUGAAGACGAGGACGGGGGUGGGAAAAACCAAUACCUUCACUCCAGCCUGUACUCCUCCUUCACCGUCAGCUCCCUGCAGCACUCCUUAGAUCCGCAUCGGCCGAUCAAGGCGGAGCCGAGGUCCGAUCACCACGGCGACAGCUCCUCUGUCAUCCGAUUCGUAAACAACCACGGCCACUCGUCGCUAUCCUCCACCCCACCCCCAUCCUCGGCCGACACCUCCAAUUCCUCCAGAUCUUCUCCUCGGCAGGCCCGCUCUUCUUCCUGCUCCUCCUCCCCACCACAAAGCCCCGCCCACACACCGUGGAGGGGGCGGAGCCAGAGCGCAGAGACUAAUGCGUCAGAGCAGAGCGCUCAGCCUCUAAACCUGUCAUCGGGUCAGAGGGAGAGAGAGAGGUCACAGGGCACGACAAUGCCAGAGAGGAGGAGAUUGGCCAAUAGCGUGCCUUUAAAAAGCAGAAAACCCAAAGGCUUGGAAAUAUCCGCUUCCUCUCUUCUCCUGACAGGAAGUGACCUUGUCUCCAGAGCUCUCAACAGCCCGGCGCUGCCUUCAGGCUCCCUGACCGCUGCCUUCCUCACCACACAGACUCCGUCUGGUCUGCUGCUCACUCCCAGUCCUCUACUCUCCAAUAUCCAUUUCUGGUCCAACCUGAGUCCAGUGGGACCCCUUAGCCCUACACAACUGCAGAGCCAUGCCCCCCUCUUUCAGUUCCCUUCACUGCUGAAUGGAGUCAUCCCUGUGCCUUUCCCCAGCAUGGACGCUCCCUCUCCUCUGCUGCUCUCCUCAAGCUCCCAUAAGUCCUGAUCGCCGAGCUUCAGGAGCAAACUAGGCCAUAUCGAGCUGGGCCAGAUCAGCAAAGAGCCAAUCAGCUUUAGACUUUGCCGGUGAACCCCACAGGAGACGGACUUCCUCUGAGUCCAACUACACUUUGAUUGGAAACCUGUUUCUUUACAUUUACAAAUGAAGAAAUACCUUCAUUUGUAAAUGUAGGUGCUUUACUCUGAAGCUUUGCUCUCUGAGAAGAGUAUUUGCGUUAAACAUUUCUUUGUGUUUACUACAGUUCUACUGAUCAUGUCCUUUACAUUUGUUUCUUCAUCAUUAUGCAAAGAAAUUGACUGGAGGUCAGAUUUCACCACAUCGCUCAUCUCUUUCCACUUGGUUCAAAAUUCAGUGAUACAGACUAGUUGCAAUUUCAUGAAUGUUAGUGCUAUUUUUCAUCUCUGCUCUGACUAAUGUCAAACCCACACCACUGACUCAAACAACGGAGAUCUGGAGAAUUAUAAAAUAAGAACUCAAGUACUUUUCAGUUAAAGGAAAUACAGUCAUUUGCUUUCCUACUAAGAGUUAGCGUUAGACACGAAAAUCGAUACCCCUCUCUCAUGAUUGUAGGCUCAAUAUGAAGCCAUAUCCAGGAUAUGGUUAGCUUUGCAUAAAGACUCUUAGCGCAGAAACCUUCCUCAUCCAAAGGUGACUAUUAGCUAGCAGCCAACCAAUUAACACAUUAACCUUAAAAUAAAAAUAAAAACGAUAUCUUGUAGUUUUAUAGGGAACUGAAGGUAGAACCUAGGAGAAAUAGUUUGGCACAAAACCUU